AUGAGCCAAGCCAACAAGCCUAAAAACGUCGAACAACAGAACACGGAUGGCCGGCUUUGUAUCGUCGAGCAAUACCAACAACUAUGGGAUCAUAUCUAUCGAGAUACUUGUGAACAGGUUGAUAUAAUUCGAGGUGAUACAUGCCAUGAUACGCUCUUGCAUACGCCUAUGAAGGACUGA